AUGGGCGGUAAGAAGCGCUUCUUAAUGAACCCAUUCCCGUCAAUGGAGCUAUCGGCAGGCGAUAAAUUACAGAUGCAAAAGACUGCAAAUAGUUUUCUUGCCGAAUCUUUGCAGUCUUACGAAAUGUACCUUAAGCAAGGCGCUAACAAUGUGGACGAACGUCAAUGGAAGCUGAUAAAGACGAGGGAGAACUUACGACUAUAUCUUGAGCGUGAAGUGCGCACAACGACAGAUGGAAAUCAUUCGAUGAUGGACGAAGCUUCGGAGCAAGCUGGGACACCCGUGACGCUCUGUGUAGGCAAGAUGCACGGCAACGUGGAAGAUGUUGUUUACGGUACGAUGUGCACAACGUCAGAAGACAUGUGCUUUAAUGCUACGUACGUAGAUGAUCUCUCCGGUGCAGCGGUAUUGGCCACCGUAUUGGAACCUACACUCAAUGAUCCGCUUACAACAAUCACCUUAAAAUGGCAAGAGCUCAAUUUGUUAUUGCACUCAAAUAAACGUGACUAUGUCUUCAUGGAAGCCACGGGAUUUACACAACUUGGAAACGGGAAACGCGUUGGAUAUCGAUUGAUGUAUUCGAUAGGAUUCCCUCAGACGCCAGAGUUGCCAAAUCGCGUUCGUGCAAGCGUAAAUGUUUUCUUUCUCUACCGUCAACUACAAGAUCAUUGUGUUGAAAUGUAUUCGUCUGGCGUUGUUGCCAACGGAUCAAAUGUAGAGUCACUUUCAGUCACACCUUCAGCAAUGAAGUUUUUCACGGCAUUAAAAUUUGCUCACUGCGGUGAAAUGAAAAAAUUGACAUGGUUGAUGCACCGCCGGUAUACGUUGGACAAACAACGUGGUGCUUCCCUUAGCGAAGGCGAAUGUAUAAGCUGCGGCAUUCCCAUCAGUUCCAAGAUUUUUAGCACAUUUGGACGGUUUCGUGAUUCUUGCAAGCUUUGUCAUCGUCUUGUAUGUGGCACAUGUCGCGUCAAGAAACGUUUGAAUUUUGUGACGCUCGAGAUGACGUUUGAAGAGCGCAAGACAUCUUUUUGUCCCUUGUGUAUCAAGGAUGCGUUCGAGAUAAGCGCCUCAGACGCCGCACGCGCACAAAUCACGGGUAACCACUCCGAUUAUGCCCUCCAUUCAGGCACAGACUACUCUUUUGCAUCUUCCUCAGACUCUGAACAAACUGUGUAG